CUGGGGAGUGUUUUAUCUAGCUCUGCUCUGCCGGCGAAUGGCAGAGCAGAGCACAGGGAGUUAGAGACAGAAUUAAAAAAACUUGCAUUCACUUCAGCUGUGUUACUGUGCGAUUGUCUCUCUUAGAUCAACAGGCAGAUCGACAAGCAUUCCCACGCAGAUACCAGAGACAAAUGGAGAGAUGCAACAAUUUCACUCUUCACUUGAUCUGCCUGAGACUGAAUCACCCCAGCGCGUAUCCUUUUGUGUCAGAGACCCAUGUGUCCUCCUCAAUCAAUCCCCCAAGAUCGACUGUGGGUUAACCCGGCGGACAGAGCCCCCUCCUCAGCCUCCCUCUCCCUGUCUGUGCCUCUAAUGUUGCUCUGUUCCUGCUUUGCCAGUUUCUAUUUACCCCAGCUAAGCAACCUUCCUCUUUCUGCAAAGCUCUCGCCCUCACUCUCGCUGUCUCCCUCUCACUGCUUGCUAUCUCCCUACCCUAGCUUCUUCAAAGCCAGCAGCUUGCUAUUCUCUCCAGGCUGCUUGCUACAUGAUCUCUUGGAAAACAGCGCUCAACGCUGCUCUCUCGCUGCUCGAUGCCGGAGCUCUCUCAGAUUUUCAUCUCAAGAACGUCAAGAUGCUCCUGCAGAGGGAUUGAUCCCCCCUUUUCCCCUCUAGUUCUCCCCUUCCCCUCCCCUUUCCUAAUCUCCUGACCUCUGACCCUCACGCCCCCUUCUCUUUCCCGACACCCCUUCCCAUUCUUCCUCACCCCAAGCCUCCACUCCUCCUCUCUGCGCUUACCCUGUUGACCAUGUUGCCAUGUGUCCGCUGGCUCCAGCCUCUCCUCGUCUUGCUGUCCUCUGUCUUACGGGCUCAGGGGGAAAACUGCCCAGCGAGCUGCCUGUGCCCGGAUCCCCACACUGUGGACUGCAGCGGCCGUGGACUCACCCGUCUUCCUGAUGAGAUCCCCUUGGACGUCCGCAGGCUCCUUCUGUCUGACAACUGGAUCCCCCGCAUUCCCUCUGACUUCCUAGUGCUCUACAGUGACCUGGUCUACCUGGACCUGCGGAACAACUCUCUGUCCCACAUCGAGCCGGGCACCCUCAGCACUUCUUCCAGGCUGGUGUUUCUGGACUUGGGCAGCAACAACCUGACUGACAUCCCCUCGGGCACCUUUGGGCAGUCCCGUAGCCUGAUCAAACUCCGCCUGGGUAACAACCCCUAUCUGAGCAUGGUCAACGAGGACGCGUUCCUGGGCCUCACCUCGCUGCGUGAACUGGAGCUGGAGCGUAAUGCCCUGUCUGGCCUUCAGGUGGGGGCGCUGAGCCAGUUGCCCUCUUUACGGGUGGUGAGGCUGGAGGGCAACCCUUGGGUGUGCAACUGUAACUUUGCCAACCUGUUUGCAUGGCUGGAGGAAAACAUUCACAAGCUUCCAAAUGGAGUGGAGGGCAUAGAGUGUUCACUACCCAUGGACGGCAGACAGGUGUCCCUGAGCCAGCUCUCACAGGACAGCUUCCGGGAGUGCCAGAUCACCCUUACCUUAACAGACUUACUUAUCAUCAUCUUCUCCGGCAUCUCUGUGUCUGUAGUGGCCAUCAUGACCAGCUUUUUCCUGGCCUCCAUUGUCCACUGUUUCCAGCGCACAAGCAAAACCUCUAAGGGAGAUGAGGAGGAGAGUGAGGAGUGAGACUGACUGUGUCCCAGAGCAUGCCUGAACUGACACUUCAUCUGGCUCAACCGUGAGACCAGGCUGCUGCCCAACAACAACUCACUGGUGGAGACCUGGGAGAGGGAUAGACUGUUUUAGUGGCACAUUUUGCAGUGGAUUGUGGGGUUUUAUAAAAGCCCUGAUACUGCAGGAGAUAUUGUUCUCUCUAGGUGUGAAAAAUAUAUAAACAUGUCCCAGUAUGAAUUAUAGUCAGAGACAGAAUAUACAAUGCUCUCUGUCUGUGCUGUUGACAGUAUACACUCUUAGAAAUAGAAAAGUCUGGAAUAACMUUUUGGGGUUCUAAAAAUUGCCACAGAGGGGGAACCUUUCCAGUUCAAAAAGGUUCCUUGAGGAACCCCUCUGAAAAGAUUAUUUGAAGAACCCUUUGCUACAUUGAAACAUUAAAGGUUCCUCCAAGAACGUCUCAACUAACCAAAGGUGCAAAUAUGCACCAUUGACCGUCAAUGGUUUCUUGAGGAACUCCAAGCGUUCCUUGGAGAUCCUUGGGUUAUCUCCAGGGUUACUCAAGUCUCCACUAAUUCCAAGAGUGUACUGUGGUUGCUCUUUGAAAACAUACUGUAUAGCUCUGUUAUACACACACAUUCACAGGUGGCUGAUGAUUCCAUAGGAACACCAAGAUGUAGAAAAAAUAUCAAUACAAUGUUUAGAAACAAUUGCAUGCUUUGCAGUUAGCUUUUCAGUGCCCAGACUCAAACAAAGACAUGCAUUUUUUGACGAAACAUCUCCAAUCAACAGUGGAUGAACAGAAGAGAAAAGCAAAUAAUACAGACUUUACAGGAAAACUAUUUACAUUUUAGGUUUGACAUUUUGACAUCUUAAAGAUGUUUAUACAGAGUCAUCAAACUGUGAAUCAUUGUGAAAUGUAUUAACAACGCUAGCUAUAAGUAGCAGCAGGCUCUUAAAGCCCAAAAUGAAUGCACUGAGCAAGUGAAAACGUUUGGAGGAGGAUACUGUAUGUGUCAUAUUGAACCAGGGCCUUAGUACUUAGACUGCCAGCCAUGUAAAACACAUGAUACACUAUAUGGAGUGUCCUCCCUUCUCAAGGAGGUUUUCAACAUGUUUUAUUCUGAGAUUGCUUCACAAGUUAGCUAGCAUUCUACAAAAAUGGCUUUGCUGUUGCAGCAUGCAAUAGUGAUUCAGGGCAGCAGCCUGAGUAAGAGGGGUGUGCUGUGAUGGACAAUAUAAUGAAUCUGACACAUGCAGAUAGACUCCGAAGUAAAGGUCUACAUGUAACGCUCGUCGUUGGAAUGAGGUGAGGACCAAAGCGCA